UGACAACCAAUUUUUUAAUCAAACCAAACACCCCUUUAAUCCCCUCCAUUCCAUCCAUCAGCCGCAGCCACCUAGCUAGCACCGGGCCCGAGAAAUCAAGAGCUAGCUCCUCCAUCAUCGAGCUCGAGCUCCAGCAAUGGCGGCCAACGGCGCCACCAUCGAAGAUCACCACAACUACGAGUCCGCCCUCCAAGAAUCCCUCCUCUCAGCCAGCGUCAAGCCGGAGCCGGACCUAGUCGACGACAUCCAGACCGUCGGAUCCUUCCUCCGCCACGCGACAGAGGAAAACCGACGGCUGUGGCAGCUCGCAGGCCCGUCCAUCUUCACCUCCAUCGCCCAAUACUCCCUGGGCGCCGUCACCCAGGUCGCCGCCGGCCGCCACCUGACCACCCUCGACCUCGACGCCGUCUCCACCGCCAACUCCGUGAUCGCCGGUCUGGCAUUCGGGAUCAUGCUGGGCAUGGGCAGCGCCCUGGAGACGCUCUGCGGCCAGUUCCACGGCGCCAAGCAGGAUCGCCUCCUGGGCCUCUACCUGCAGCGGUCCUGGCUCCUGCUCACCGCCAUGGCCGCCGUCUUCCUCCUCCCGCUCUACCUCUUCGCGUCCCCGAUCCUCCGGCUGUUCCGCCAGGACCCCGCCAUUGCCGACCUUGCCGGGACCUUCGCGCUCUACAUGGUGCCGCAGCUGUUUGCUUACGCGGUGAAUUUCCCGGUCCAGAAGUUCCUGCAGGCGCAGGGGAAGGUGGGAGCCAUGGCGGCCGUCUCCGGCGCCGCGCUGGCGUUCCACGUGGCGCUGACGUGGCUGCUUGUGGGUCCGUUCGGGAUGGGCCUUGGUGGGCUGGCUGUGGCGCUGAAUGUGUCGUGGUGGGCCGUGGUGCUGGGCCAGGUGGCCUAUAUUGUGUCGGGGGGUUGUCCUGGAGCCUGGAAUGGGUUCGAGAUCGAGUGCCUCGUCUUCUCCGAGCUCAAGAGCUUUGCUCGCCUCUCCAUUGGAUCCGCCAUCAUGCUCUGCCUGGAGUUCUGGCUCUACAUGUUCCUGAUAGUCAUCGUGGGCAACUUGCCCAACGCCCAGGUCGCCGUCGCCGCGGUCUCCAUCUGCACGAACCUGUUCGGUUGGCAGAUCAUGGUGUUCCUGGGCUUCAACGCGGCAAUCAGCGUCCGGGUCUCCAACGAGCUCGGCGCCGGGCGUCCCAAUGCGGCGAGGUUCUCUAUCUUGGUGGUGCUCAUGUCCUCCGUCGCCCUGGGGCUCGCCUCCUUCGUCGCCGUGCUGCUGCUCCGGGACGUCUACGGCGCGCCGUUCACGGACAGCCCCGAGGUCGUGGAAGCCGUGGCCAGCCUCGCCGUCGUCUUCGCCUUCUCGCUGCUGCUCAACAGCGUGCAGCCCGUGCUCUCCGGCGUCGCCGUCGGGGCCGGCUGGCAGUGGCUCGUGGCUUACGUCAAUCUGGGAUGCUACUAUGGGAUUGGCAUCCCUGUUGGGUACAUCCUCGCCUUCCCGAUGCACCAAGGGAUCCGGGGAAUGUGGGCCGGGAUGCUGACGGGGGUAGCGUUGCAGACGGUGAUCCUGGUGGUCAUCACCAUGCGGACGGACUGGAACAAGGAGGCAAGAGAGGCGAGCUCGAGGAUACAGCAGUGGAGCGGUGGAUCGGCCAAAAAGGAGGUCACCAAUGGCAUCUAGCAUUCUGCUUAUAUUUUCUUUGAGUACGUUAGGAGGAGGGGUGUGGUGCUAGCUUUUGAGGUUUGCUGUGAACCUCUGUACGUGUGGAGAUCAAGAGUACGUUUGUUGUGGCAUGCAUUCAUGUAUAAGUUUGUAAAAAGAUAUUGCAACAGUUUGGGAUCACAUAGGUACAGCACAUGCAUGUAUCUACAGCGUCACACAAAAUUCGAAAUCGAAAAGGAUGCACACAACGACUCAAGAAAUAAAAAUCCGUUGAUAGCACUGC